AUGGUGAAUAGUUUGUCACUUAGAAGCAUACUUGAUGUAAACAAGUUGACAGACCCAAAUUUCACUGACUGGCUUUGCAAUAUUAAGAUUGUCUCGAAACAAGAGAAAAAUGCUUAUGUCUUAGAUGGUCCUGUUUUUAAGGAACAUAACGAUGAUGUUAUAAAUGAGGAAAAUGAGGCUUAUAGAGUUUAUAUGGAUGAUCUCGAUCAAGCCACAUGUGUGAUGUUGGCAAGUAUGACUCAAGAUCUUCAAAAGCAACAUGAAGCUAUGGAUGCCUUAAAUAUUAUCCUAAAGUUUAGAGAAAUGUCCGAUAAGGAAAAUCGCACAGAAAGAUUUGACAUUUCAAAGGAAUUGUUUCGAUGUAAAAUGUCUAAGGGAAGCCGAGUAAGGCCUCAUGUGCUUAAAAUGAUGGGAUAUAUCACUCGACUUGAGUAG